AUGUCUACUUUUACUUUUGUAACGCACAAUGGUCCUCGUCCAGAGCAUCGUGGGUUAGUAAAGUCGCACGUGAUGCGAGAGUCACAGAAGAAGAGAAAAGAGGCUAAACAACAGCAACACGCCCGAAAAUCCAAGUUAUCACUAUUCGCUCCGAAGGUAGAGAAACGAAAGGUAGAUGCGAUGUCAGGUGAAGAAGAUAGCGCGUUAUCUUCUGGCAAGCUCAAACCAGAUGUCAACACGAACUGCUAUUUCAGCAAAAAUGGUACUAAUGCAGAUAACAAUUCUUCAUUCCCUAGGGCAGUGAUAUCGAACUAUGAUUCGCCGCAUUACGAAUCAAAAAUGGAGUUGAGUAACUUUCAGAUGGUCCCCAGAAGGAGUUUUGCCUUAGCCAUACAGAAUAACCAAAAGAAAAAAUGGCUCCGAGUAUAUCUUACCAGUGUUUAUGCUCAAUCUUCCAAGAUUCAUCAGGAACCAGAGCCACAUACGUCAGAACUGGAUCCUGGAGAACAUCUGUAUUCAGGAAACAUUGAGAGUCAGCAACCCCAUCCGUGCCCCACCGGAUGUGUUCCAGACCUGUCUUGGAUACUUGAAAAUGUCUCCGAACGACUGAGUGAGAUUUACGCCCACUACGCAACCAGUUUCUACAAAGCACACCCGGAAAAUGCAUUCGAGGAUCCGACGCGGUUCUGGGACUCAGAACACACCCCCGCAAACUCAAAGAUUCUUGUCGGGAGUGUACUGCUGUAUAGCAUGUAUAAAUUUGCUACUAGUAAUGAUGAUCAUCAAGAUCACUUCACAGGCUAUGUAUUGGAGUUGGUUAACAAAUCCAUGAUGAUUACAGAUGGAGGCUUGUCUGAAGACGAUAUAGCCUUCAUCAUGUCAGUUUGUAUGUACGAGAAUUUCCGUGGUCGUGCAUCUGUCGUCACCCAUCUCCAAGGCUUAAAUCAGCUUACUAGCAUGAGACCCAGUCAAAAUUAUGUCUUGGAACACGAUCAAUACCUAGGAAAUCUGAUUCGCUUGCAAGAUUUUAUAUAUUCAACUUGCUCCAACUCACCGCCAACGCAUUUCAAGAUCACAGAACCGACUCUGCGAGCUGUACAAUUUGACUUUAGCAGUCUAGAGAGCGAUCACCCGCAAUCGCCACUCCGAAUCUUGAACAGUGGCAGUCUGCACGAAACAGUGGGCCCACAUCUCGAAUCUCUUGCCGAGGUCCUCGUAGAUGCUUUUGACGCCUUCGAAAUUAUGUGCAUCCGGACAUUUGACCCUGACACGGCAGCUGAUGCAUCAUGUCUAUUCCAAGCCCGCGAGGCGGAAGCUUGGUGCCGGUUACAGGAUAUGCGCAACACAAAAAGUCAAACCUCAGUGUCCAAAAGCGCAGACGAUGAUAUCUGGGAAGCAGUCACUUUUGCGGCGGUUAUUCAUUUCCGGGCUGUUGCACUCCAAAUUGCGCACAGCGACGCCGUCAAUGCUGCGGAGCUGGAAAGACUAUAUACAGCCACAACAGCGAUCGCGCAUGAUUGUUGGGAUAAAGAGAGCUACAUAUACUUGUGGAUAUUGCUCACUGGCGCGGCGGCAUCGGCCUACCAACCGGCCUACCGGUCUUUCUUUGCGGACGAGAUUCUUCGGCUAGGUGUUUGUUUAGGAAGUUUUGAGUGGGAAUUGUUCAAUGCGACAAUGAGCAAUUUCUUGUGGUUGCAGCAGUACCUCAGAGCAAGAUAA